GGUUUCCAUACAACACUGAGAAGCGUUUGCAGUCGUAUAUGUCUGUGUAUGGGGAAGAAUUACAGUAAAAUGGAUCCUCGAUCACUCUACCGCUCUGCAUCAUUGAAUUAUGGAAGAUCAUUGCAUUAUGAAGUGAGGGGCCUUUUCAACAACAGUCUGUCCUGCUGCGUUAAUGCUUUGCUUCAGUCCUUUUCUGCCACCACUGAACUCCUGGACAUACUGAACAAAUGGAAUCCAUCAGUUGGGAUUGAUGAGAGGAACGUCCCACUGCAGUUGAGUAACGCCCUGGAAGCCAUGAGGGACAAAUCACAUUCUGCGCCACACAAAGACUUCCUCAACUGCCUCUACCGUCAAGCCAUCCGACCAUCCACUCAACAAGAUGCAGAUGAAAUAUUCCACAUCAUCCUAAAUCUCAGUCAGAAGCAGAUGCCUGAUGCUGCUGUGGCUCAGGAGAUCCGCAGUCUCUAUGAGAUAAAGGUAGAGACCCAGGUGGUGUGUUCAAAGUGUGAAUUCAUUCACAGAGCGCCCAGCUCUCUUUUCAGUCUUCCUUUGGCAAUCUGGGAAAGAGAAAACACCCUGGAAGGCUGCAUCAACUCUUUUUUCAAGCUACAAAAGCUGCCAGACAGCGAGAAGUUUUACUGUGACCGGUGUGAUAAAAAGCAGCCAUCCACUCAUGAAAUGAAGCUUGUCUCAUUGCCUCCGAUUCUGUGUGUCCACUUGAAAAGAUUCAGAAACAAUGAUGGUUUCACCAGGAAACUCUUCAGCGAAGUCACCUUUCCUGAAACAUUCAGCACUGAAAUUUUUGCUGCUGGACAAUCAGAAAAUGCUGAUGGUCUUAAGGCUGAUGAGUGUUACAGUCUCUAUGCAGUAGUAGUGCACAUAGGAAAUGCCAUGUUUGGUCACUACACUGCUUUCAUCAACUCAGAUCAGAAGUGGUAUUAUGCUGAUGACAGCUGUGUGCAACAAUCCACAUGGGCAGAAGUGCGGGAAACAUAUGGAGGGUCCCAUCGGAAUGGACAUACAGCCUACUUGCUUCUGUACAGAAAGAAGAGCCAGAAUUCAUCUGGAUAACUGUUGGGAACACUGCAGCAUUUAUGAAUUAAUGCAGAGAAUAUUCCAAGAUUAGGACCAAAGUCUAUUUAAAUUUUGGGUGAAAGUAUGAAGAAAGGUGUUAAAUAAUGUAUAUCAAUAUAUUUUCAUGUUGAUUGGGGUUUAUAUAGAACAGUAUUUUGGGAAGGAUUAUGCUAUUUUGUCAGAGAAUGUUUUGUGAAAUGAAUGGAUAUUGUUAAAUAAAAAUAUGUUUUGAAAUAA